AAAAAGUGAAGCGUAAAAACCAAACGGUACAUGGAAAAAUAAGUGUGAGUGCGUGUGUGUUUAUGAAAAAUAACUUUCAACAUAUAUAUAUUAUGCGCACCAGGACAAAAACAAAGUUUCGAGAAGUUGAACAAUUGUGUGGCGAAUUUAUAAUAAAUUGUGUGUGGCCUAUGUGUUUGCAACACACAUACAAACACUCACAACACACUUACACUUAACACACAACAGAAACAAAAACAACAUACGUGAGUUGUCGUUGUCGCUGCCGUCACCGUCACCAUUAAGCAGACAGAGUCUGCCUUUUACAUUUGCGAAAAGAGUGAAAAUCAAAAGCAAAAGUUUGUUCUUUUGACCAAAUAGACUCAGACUUGGCUGUGUGGAAUUGGAAUUGGUUAGCUUGUCGUAGAGGAAACUGGGAACAACAGCCUCAACACGAAUUACCUAUCAUUUGGAGCGCAGCAGAGGAGAUCGACUCUGAUUGCCAGCGCGGCAACAGGAUCUGCCUCAACUACGCCAACAUCAACUACAACGUCGACGUCAACGCCCACGUCAACGGCGCCCACGGAUAAUUACAAAGAUAAUUAUUACAAUUGGACACACUACCGUGCACUGCUAAGUAACGAGAUAUUUGACGCACCACAUCCGGCAACGGAAGCAAUUAUGUCCUUGACAGCCGCUGGCACAUCGCCCACCAGCCCCAUGGAUCCCUUUGUACCCGGUCGUCCAGUGAUCGUCAAGGAGGGCUGGCUGUUAAAGCGCGGCGAGCACAUCAAAACGUGGCGCCAACGUUACUUUGUCCUACGCACCGAUGGCACUCUCAUGGGCUAUCGCAGCAAGCCGGCGGACAGCUCACAGUCGGAGCAACUGCUCAAUAACUUUACUGUUCGUGGCUGUCAGAUAAUGACCGUUGAUCGGCCAAAACCCUUCACAUUUAUCAUACGCGGCCUACAGUGGACGACGGUAAUUGAGCGCACAUUUGCCGUCGAUACGGAAGCUGAGCGCCAGCUAUGGACCGAGGCCAUCCGUAAUGUGGCCAGUCGACUUUGCGAAAUGGGCGAAACAGCAAUGUCGCCGUCGGCCCAAACAGAUAUGGCUGAUGUGGACAUGGCUGGCAUUGCCGAAGUGGAACUAUCCGAACAGUUUUCCGUUCAAGGCACAACGCGCAACAGCAGCGGUGUCAAGAAAGUGACACUCGAGAACUUUGAGUUUCUCAAGGUGCUGGGCAAAGGCACCUUUGGUAAGGUGAUUUUGUGUCGCGAAAAGGCCACAUCCAAAUUGUACGCAAUUAAAAUUCUCAAAAAGGAGGUCAUCAUACAAAAGGAUGAGGUCGCACACACGCUAACCGAAAGUCGUGUACUCAAGUCAACAAAUCAUCCGUUCCUUAUUUCACUGAAAUAUUCAUUUCAAACCAACGAUCGUCUCUGUUUUGUAAUGCAAUAUGUGAAUGGUGGAGAGCUGUUUUGGCAUUUAAGUCAUGAUCGCAUCUUUACCGAGGAGCGGACACGUUUUUAUGGCGCCGAAAUAAUAUCGGCGCUAGGCUAUCUGCAUUCGCAGGGCAUUAUUUAUCGUGACUUAAAGCUAGAGAAUCUUUUGCUGGACAAAGAUGGUCACAUAAAGGUCGCCGAUUUCGGACUGUGCAAGGAGGACAUCACCUACGGCAGUACAACGAAAACGUUUUGCGGCACACCGGAAUAUUUAGCGCCUGAAGUAUUAGACGAUAAUGAUUAUGGACGCGCGGUGGAUUGGUGGGGCACCGGAGUCGUUAUGUAUGAGAUGAUCUGCGGUCGUCUACCCUUCUAUAAUCGUGAUCAUGAUGUGCUCUUCACGCUCAUAUUGGUCGAGGAUGUCAAAUUUCCACGCAAUAUUACCGAUGAAGCAAAAAGUCUGCUAUCCGGCCUGUUGGCCAAGGAUCCGAGUAAUCGCUUGGGCGGUGGGCAGGAUGAUGUCAAGGAAAUACAAGCGCAUCCAUUCUUUGCGAGUAUUAAUUGGACAGAUCUGGUGCUAAAAAAGAUAACGCCGCCUUUCAAACCUCAGGUUACUUCGGAUACAGACACACGAUAUUUUGAUGAAGAGUUUACCGGCGAGAGUGUCGAGUUAACGCCCCCAGAUCCCACGGGACCUUUAGGCUCCAUAGCAGAAGAGCCACUAUUCCCGCAGUUCAGCUAUCAAGGAGAUAUGGCAGCCACGUUGGGAACAUCGGCGCACAUUGGUACUUCCACAAGUCUCACAUCGAUGCAAUAGAACAAGCUACAAGUUUUAGCGAGAGCACACACAAAACAAAAAAAGCAACGCAAAAUACCACACAUCAUGUUCUGCUUCAUCGCCUAUACCCUUAAUAUACUUAGUGAUAUAUAGAGAUGGGGAAUAUUGCGAGCAAAACAAAACAAAAAGAAAGAAAAACAUAAUAAAUUUGUAACUCUAAGUUUAUACACCAGUAAUAACAAAUUUGAAUGAUAGUAACUUAUUUUUUUCAUAACUCCAACAACAGCUACAACAAAUACAACAGCAAGAGCAACGCGCAGAUGCAAAACGUAAAGAGAAGAUAAGAGAACAUUGAACGCGCUAUAAACAAAACAUACAGAAAAAAGUUAAAGAAAGUAAUAGUUUACUACAUAUGAUAAAAACAUAUAUACUUAUAAAUACAUUUAAAUAUAACAUUUUAAGCAUAACGUUUAAAGUGAUUAGUUAAUUUUUAAAUGCAAGUAAAUGUUUAUUAAGCGAAUCAAGUAUAUAGCCACAUACACAUACGAACACCUACACUAAAUACACCCUACUAGCUUAUAGGAAAAUCGAAGAGCAAGAGCAUAAAA